AUGUCGAACUUAACGCUGAACAGUAUAUUGGAGAAGGUAUACAACUUUUUAAAAUUGCUAUUAUGCUCUUACUUGAGUUUCCUCCACAUUGUUGUCACAUGUUUUCUGACACUGACUUUUGUCACCGUCUUGUAGAUGACCGGUAAGGAUAAAGACUAUAGAUACAUGGCGACCUCUGAUUUGCUUGGUGAAUUAAAUAAGGACGUCUUCAAAGUUGAUGCUGAGCUGGAGAAAAAGCUUUCAGAUGUUAUUCUACAACAGCUCGAUGAUGCCUCUGGGGAUGUAUCAGGGCUUGCUGUCAAAUGGUAUGCUAUCCUUUUUCGCCAUGGACCUAUUUCAUUGGGUUGUUCGUGGUAGAAAAUUUGCUCGGUUUGUUGAUGUCUCAUUCGAAGCCUCUCUAUUGCUUUCCUGUUUGUUUCCUCAUAUCUGCUUACUUUAAUUCGGUCUUUCUUAUUUUAUUGGUUAAGUUAAUUAAUUUAAUUUAUUUACUUGUUUCACUUUACUGUUUCAUUUAGUUUUUAUUUUAUUUUAAUAAGGACACUUGAACGAAAGCUUGAAGAUACCAAUCUGAGUGGUGGUGAAUAUUUGGAGAGCUAUAGAUUAUCACUUGCGAAGUUAUUUUAGCCUUUAGAAAGACAUGUAUAGGAAGAAAAAGUCAGUCUAAUUUGGAAAAGUGUAGAGAAGGUAAUCAUUGCAAUGGUGAAAUAAAGUAAAUGAAUCGAAAUGCUAUGAUGUUGUUCUCUGCCUGGCUCUAGGUUCAUUUUUUAUGUACAACUUUCAUAACUGUUGUAUAAUUCACCAUAUUUCUUCUUUAUAGACUUCGCAUCUGACAACACAGAUUUGUAUGAGAGAAUUUUUGCAUAGUGAAUUAAAUAAAUAUCAUGACUUUCAACAUUCAAUGCAAGUUAUAGGUGCUCAGGUCAUGACUUAUUAUGCUACUGCCGCUACUUCAAUUACCCAAUAUUUGUAUAUAUAGAGGGCAUCGACCCUAAGAUUACUUCUUGAACUUUUUAUCUGUCAGUAGAAGUUUUUCAAUUGCCUCUGUUCAUUCUUUGUAACAUUUUCUAUUCAAAAAUACAAUUGCCUAUAAGAAAGGUUUUUGCUGACAAGGUGCAAUUUGUGACUUGGUCCAGCUUAUUUGAAUCACAUCAACGUUUCAAGAUUUCAAUCUCGCAUAUGCAUUAUUAUUGUAUGAAUCGCAGAAGUAAAUACCUCAAACGGGUAUCUAAUGCUUUUAAAUGAUUUUUAUUUGUAAAAUCGUUGACUUUGAGUUGAGUUGGUUCGAGUCACACCUGGGCUAUCUCAAUAUGUCUACUUUUUUGUUUUACUUUUGAAGUCUUAAUGUGGUAUAGAGCUUUCCAAUCAUACAAAGUGAUAGACAAGUGUAAAGUCAUUGAUGACUAAUUUUACUGUGUGACAGAGUCCACUGCGUGCAUAUGUUCGAAAAAUGUGGGGAGGGAUAUAUUUGCACAUUUCCCCCGAAAUUUCCCCGUGCUGACACUUGUUAUAAAAAGACUGCAUGGCUAUAGUUGAAAAAUCCUUCAUCAAUACAUGCUUUUCUUUAUGUGAGACAGGAUGUGUAAUCAACCAUUAAAGCUUUCGGAUUCCAAGUAUACUCUUUUUGUCUUAUUACUAGCUAUAUUGGCUCCAAAAUCUCGGGGAAUUCUUCAUCUUUGUUGCAUAUUGUGAUGAGCUGCCUCUUAGGAUGAUGCAUACAACAGGACAAGUGUAACGUAAAGUCCACUGUCUAGUCUUCUGUCGUAGGGUGAUAAGUUUGAACCUCCUCCAUAGAUCGACCUUAACUGUUAUCAUCGGGCAUUUUAGGUGAGCUAUCCCAUAAUUUGUAACUUUCAUUUUUUUGUGGAUUAUGGGGGAUAUAGAUGGCCAUCCCUCUGACCUGCCAGAAAGCUUCACGUCAAUAUUUUUCUGGCUCUCUCCCGUCCUAUCUUCAGCCCAUCAGAAGGUUUACUCAACCUGUUAUAAAUUGUCCCAGAGAACCAUGAAGGCCUUCAUCAUAAUCCUCUCAGCCACGCAGUUUUUCUACGUCGCUACCAUUUGUGGAGCAUCCGCCAUCCCCCAAGGCGUGGUUGACUGGAGCCCUGGCACAUGAGGAACCUUGUCACUCCGAUUUGUCUGCAUUGGGUUGCACGUUCAUGCCCCACUUCAUUGAUCAUUUGUUUGAGAAGAUUGUGCGCAAUAAUGGGAUUCCUCACUUUAAGAAGUUUGAGAGACGGGGAUGCGUGCUGUUCUUUUCCUCUACUGUUAUUCUUGUCUUCUUAUCUCUUUUCUUGAGUUAUAUUGCGGACCUGCCUUAUCUGCAGUGCUACUUUUCCAGCACAGCUGCGUGAGUUUUAGUUGCAUUACAGAGUGAGGAAAUAACUCUGACAAAGGACCAUGUCAUGCCCACCUGUUUAGCUAGAAUAUUAUCCCUAUCUUCAAUCUUCUUCAAUUGCCUCCCCUAGGAGGAGCACAGCAGCUGGUUGAUGGUUUACUUGGACAAUGAACUGAAAAAAUUGAUAGAAUUAUUUGAUUAUUCAUUUCGUAAUUGAGUUUGAUAUCUCUGCAAUUUUUGUUUGAAGCUUUAUUGGCACUCGCAUUGAAGCGCCAGAUUAGUCUUCUUCAGGAUGUGGAUGUCCUAUCCUUCACUACUGCUGUCUUUGUCGGCCUCUAAUGAUUGUCAUGCGGUCAUCUUGAUCUCUCCCACUCAGUCCAAUUUAUCGUCAAAGAUAGCUUCUAGCCUUCUAGCCAAUCUUUGAAAUUCUAAAUGAUUAUAAAGAUAGACUGAUAAGAGUGCUUGAGUAAAAUAAGAGUGCCUUUUCUAUCCUGUCAGUGUUAUACCGAUUUUGUGUUCAAUAAUCCAUCGUCUUUGUACUGCCUGGAGUUUUUGCUAUGUGAUUAGGAUCUUGGUUGACAACGGAAAAUAUGCGCUGGUCUUGUGGAUGACAUCCACUGUCCAUGUCAAUGCUGUAGUAGGCGUCUUGUCAAAAUGCAUACCCAUUGCUCUUACCUCUGGAAAAGCUGGCAUCAACUUGAUGUAGCUCGAUAGUUCAAUAUUCUCUGGUCCAAGGCCAGUGCUAUCAUCUCCUUAUUAUUUGCAUCUCUUACACCACUACCACUGGCCAUGGAUUCUGGACGACUUUUAGGCUCUCAUCCUUGUUUUUAGUCUCUAGAAUAGAGAUGAUAGGGGAAAUGGGGUCAGUUUUUUAUAAUCAUUAUAAGCUAUGAUCUGCACUGGUUGUCUGCCUAUCCAGUGGCAAUAAUCUUUGGCUAUUUUACACAUUAUAUGGUUCUUGUCUCCUGGUUGUCAUCAGAUCCCAAAGAAACUACAAACUGAUGGCUAAGACCAAAAUAACUUGAACGGUAUCAGUCAUGGAAUCUCUCAGGAGGACAGUGUUGAUGUAAGGGUUUUUGCUUUGGGGAACCCAACCUACAUGCCCUGAUCAUGCCUUUACUCCAUUUUUUUGAAGAAUUCUUCACCAGAAUCCAGACUAUUUUGUUAUGUAUAAAUUCCACUCAUAAUUGGAUAACAAUAGCUCGAACUCUUUAGUUCUGGUAGGAUUUCCUUUUUAAUUUAUACACUCAGGUCUCUCUUCUUUAUAUCAGGUCAAAUUUUAUCUUUUGUUCUCUGAAGGUGUUAUGCCUUUAUAGACCUCUCUGGACCAUCACGCCUCAGUGUACUUAAUUUUAGGUAUCACAUAUUUCCUUUGUCGUAGUUUUCAAGAUUGUUGUGUAGAAAGUUCUAAGGUAUCGCACAUUAUUCUAGUUCAAAUUUCCUGACCUUUGUCUGCUUGUGGGCCCUUUAGAAUAGGAGAAAUAGUUACUGAUAUUAUGGACUAUUCAUGGUUGUGCUCUUCCCUCUAGUUUGAAAUCUCUAGUGAAUGCAGUCAUUUUAUUCAUGACAUCAUUUUAAGGAAUUUAUAUAUUAUCUAAUUUUAUUAUUAAAAUAUGGUUGUAUUUUUACUGUUUGUGAAGUAAUUUUCGUCUUCUUUCUUGUAUUGUAGCCUUGCCCCACUUGUUAAGAAAGUUAGUGAGGAGACGGUUUUAGAGAUGACUAACAAGCUAUGUGAUAAGUUGCUGAGUGGAAAGGAUCAGCAUCGUGAUGUUGCAAGUAUAGCCCUUAAGACAAUUGUUUCAGAAGUCAGUACAACAGCCCUUGCACAACGCAUUGUUGCUUGUCUUUCUCCCAAAUUGACAGCCGGAGUAACUAGUCCUGUAAGAAUUCGUUUUUCUUAACCUAUACAACUGUGGCUCUCAAUUGUAGUUUUGAACUAUGGUAUUUGAAAAAGAAUUGGUUUAUUAAAUGCAAGUUUUUUGUUACCUUGCCAGCACUUCCAGUUUUCAUCUAUUAAUAUGUUGUAGAAUUUUUUUUUGGUGACAACUGGAAACAAUUAAUUACGUAUGAAUUUUUGUUGGUCAUGUUCUUGGUAAAGCAAACCCUCAGUCUACAGGCUUGUUGGGACUGGAGCUAACCAAGUUUUAUGUGGCUAAAUGCUGCAAUUUUCUUGAAAUGGAUUCUUAGCAUGCUUCCUCGUAUUUAACAGUUAAUGUAGAAUAAUUCAAAGUUUCAAGCUUUUUUGAGAUUGCUUAUAAAUUGAUAUCCAUAUGCAUAACUGCCAAUGUAAUGAUUUCAAGGUAGACAUACAUACAUAUUGGGAACGUUAAUGCUUUUGUUUAUCAUGUUGAAGGUUCUUCUUUACGUACCACUGCUUACUGUCAGCUGAAUUUGGUUACAUGAACACAUUAUUCUUUAAUGGCUUGUCGUGGGUUUAUUAUUCCAUCAAUGUAGGGCUUGAUAAUGGUUGCCACAACAUUUGAGGGUGUGAACCAAAUAACCAUGUAUUGAGGGUGUGUGAUACUUUUUUCAAUUGUGAAGUAAACUAAGCAGAGUGGAAUAUAUAUUAUUAUAGUGUUGUGUUGAAAUGAAAUCGAGUGUGGAACUAGAGAUUGCACUCUCUAACUACAAAAGGGACACGAUUUUGCUAUGGUUAGUCAAAUCUAAAACGUUCUCCAGUUUCUAAGCUUCCCAUUUGGUGUUUUCAAUUUUCUUUCGAACUUAAUGUAGAUACAUUGGCUUUCCCAAAUGUCAAUCAUAUCUUAUAUUUAUCAACUGGCUUCCUCGAGGUGUCAACCAUAACCUUUCAAGUUUUGAUCAAAUAAGCUCAUCAAGACACAAUGAAAGAAAAACAAAAAUUACAUAUCCUUGUAUGUAAAUGAAAAUGCUUUUGAAUGAUUCAAUUGUAAGCCAUGACAAGUUCAGGUACUCACUUGAACCUUGAAUGGCUCUGAAAUACUGUGUGCUUGAGAACGUCAUUAAAGAUUGCAAUGUGGAGUUCUAAGGCUUUUUAAUCUCUCUUUCGUCUUGCUCUGUUGUAGUUGGAGAUUCUCUGCUAACUGUUGUUAAAGACUGCUCCUCCAGUGGCUAGAAAACAUCUCAAUUUUCAGCUCUUUUGACAUUUCGUUUUGGACAAGCUCACUGUCACAAAACUGUAGGUGUUGACACCUUUUAGUCAGCUGGCUACAAUUGAGUGUUGACUUUCCCCUGGCCAGAUGUUGACCCCAAAACUUGAUGUUCUUCUUUUCUGUGUAGGUUUGGACAGUAUGUAAAUGACAACAUCUUAGUUAUUAGGGCCAACUGUUGUGUUUGUUGGCUUCCAUUUUGUUGCCACGGAUUGAUGUUUUAUAAAAAUAUCAACACUUUUAAGGGGCAGACAAUUUGUUAUUAUUCAAAAUUAUGUACACAAAAAUGUUUGUUGGCUUCCAUAUUGCCUUGUUUUCAGGGGAUCAAUAUUAGUAAUGUUGUCUUUAUUUUCUGCCCAUUUUAUUAUAAUUUUUUUUUCUUUGCAUAAAACGCAUGAGAAAGAUCAAUACAAAUUAGUAUGAAAUUGAGAUUUUUUAAUCAUCAAAAUCAGCUUGUUGGGUUCAACGAGUUUUUUGCAAUAGCUUCAAGGUGGGGGUACCGUUGAGAGUAUGAAUGAAUUUGUUGCUAAUGAAAACUUAAAAAAUCGGAAAGAAAGAGGAGAUGAGGGUAGGUACAUCUGGGAAUAGUCAAAUGGAAAAUAACAUAUGCUUGACAAGGUGUCCUCACACAUUUUUCUACUUCCUUUAAAUCUUCGUAUUCAUCAUUAUACUUAUUGUCAUCAUAAUAUACUCCUUUUCUAUCCUCUUGUAGCCUUCCUUUUUCCUUUUCCGCUCCUCAUAUCAUUUACAUCUUUCUCUGCAUUCUUCUUCUUCCUUUACAUCUGCUUCUUUACUGUCAUCAUCCUCAUCACACUGCUCUUUUCUUUUUCUUCCUCCCCCCCUCAUCCUUUUCUAUUCCUUGACUUCCUUCCUCUCUUAAUGUCAUGGAGAUUCUGAUUCACCAUCAAAGUAUCAAUGGACCAGAAUGGGACUAUCUUUAUGAUUUGGAGCUAAUCUCUUUAGCCUCUGACUAGUGUCUCUCAGCUAGCUGACUUCCACAGCUGAUGAGAGAGAAGGCAUGCUAAAGUGGAAUGGCUGGAAACUGGGGUUCACUUUUCUAAUUCCCUUCCUUGUUGGUUAUCAAAGUUACUUCUUUCAGUUGGAUGCCCCGGUCAAAUCACUGGCGAUCGCACUUCACCACUACACACCACUGAGAGAAGGAAGAACUAGGUCAAAGGACCACUUUCAUUGGUGACUCAAUUCCGUUUUUAGAGGGAAGUGUAGAUGGUGUGGGGUAAAAGGCUAACAAUCCUGCAUAAUGGGAUGAUAAAGGCUCAAAAAUCAGCGGUUCCAUCACUAUGGUGAACAUUUGUGUCCUUAGAUUAUUGAAUUUAUGAAAACAUUGGCCUGAUGAUUGAAGUUAACAUAAAAGAUUGGAGACUGAGAAUGAUGAGAUCUGAAUAGUCAGGGCAGAAACAUCAAAGGAUAAAUAAGAAAGGAUAAGGGAGGCAUAGAAAUUUUAAGGACAAAAAACUAUUGGAUCUCAAAGCAGGGUUCUGAAAACCUUAAUCGAGAGCUGGAAUGGAUCUGGUUUUGAUCUCGGUGGAUGUUAAGUACCAGUAUUUUACUGAUGGAAAGAAUUCUGAAGGUCAUAAAAUAAACAGAAUUUUUCAGCAUUCUUGACCACAAUUUUCAUGUGGCCUUAUUUACUCUUGGUUCACUGAACGUACCAGGCCUGUUUACGUCACAUAGUUUGCCAUUUCUCUAAUGUGCCCAAAAUUUCAGCUUACAACGGUCAUAUUGCUAUCUUCCACCAUUGUUAAGCGUUGGGUGAUGCCUAUAAUAAAUUAUCGCGUAAUAGGCUCAGAAUAAUUCUGUUGUCUCAUAAUUGCAAACUGGUUGUUGCUCUUGAAUACCAAAUUUAUAAGUUUGUCAUCAAGUUUUUCCUGUUUCUCCAGGGGAAGAGUACAGAAGUCAAGUGCGAAUGUCUGGACAUAUUAUGUGAUGUUCUUAACAGAUUUGGCAAUCUGAUGACUACAGAUCAUGAGCAACUUCUGAAUGCAUUAUUAUCACAGUUGGGGACAAAUCAGACAAGUGUUAGAAAGAAGUCGAUUGCCUGCACUGGUGAGUGACAAAAUUGGUAAAGCCGAGUUUUUCUAAUUGUCUGUUUAGUGCUGACAUAUUUAUUGUAUUGGAUUUUAUGAUUUUUGUGCAUGAAGCAUCUGAAUCUGUUAACUUGGCUUGUCAGCGUCUCUUGCUUCGAGCUUGUCAGACGACCUAUUGGCAAAGGCAACUACAGAAGUAGUCAAACUAUUGAAAAAUAAAAAUAUAAGGCCUGAGAUGGCACGCACUAACAUCCAGAUGAUUGGAGCUUUAAGGUGAUUUUAAAUUUUUUUAUUUAAAUUGUCAUUUGUUGAAGUCAUAUUUUCAAGAGAUUGUUUUAUACAGAGUUUUGGUUUUUCUACCUAGUUCUUUAUGGAUAUAACAAGGUUUUGUGCGAAGACUUGUUUAUCCAAUCAUAAUGACUUUGAGUGGGAUCAAGUGUCUUGCUUGUUUGCUAUAUUCAUAAUACCCGAAUAACCAGGUACUAUUUUUCUGUAACCAGUAGUCUCUAUCAACCACAUACGUCCAUUUUCAUUGUUAUGAAUUUGUAAUAUCAAUAAGAAUUCUACUUCAUACUCUUGAAUUAUCUUGGUACGUAUGUGCCAUGUACACUGUGAACCCAAACUCACAGGCCACAUCAUGAAAGUGGGAUGAACACAUUGGAUACAUAGAUGCUAUUUCCAUUGAAGGAAGAUUUGUACAAAAAUCGACAAUCACACUAUUUCUUUACUGCUAGAAAUUCGUGAAAUUCAUAGACUUUUGCCUAUUGUGGAUAAGAACAUAAUUGGAAUUAAUAUUGUCGGAUGUAUAAUUUUUCUUCUUCAUUGGGAGGCGAUGAUUACUUACUCAAACAAGUGGCUGUAUUACGUGAUACCUUUUGAUGCGAGGUGUGAUUGCAUUGAUAAAUCAGCCUGUUAUUGAUAACCAGGUAAUAUUAUGGUAUUGUGAAAACAUUAGGGAAAUACAAAUAUACAAAGCAUUUGAAAAUUCUUUUCUCAUGCAUUAUAACCACGGAUUUGCAAAUGGGCUACUAUGUCUUGUUGCAUCAGUUGAACUGAUUUUGUGACUGUCUGAGUUGUGAUCCUCGUGGACAUUGACAAUGUCAGCCAAUCCAUAGUCAGACCAUGGUAAGAUUGCGUGCUUUGGGGAGCAACUUGUGUAGACCACAUGCUACUUGGUAGGAAAUAUAUUUGGCAAGCCUUUCCAAUCACUUCUUGAAAUAUCUGGGAAGUGUAUAAUAGGUCAUUUUUUUUGCUUCAUGGUCAGACCAUGGUAAGAUUGCGUGCUAUUGGGGGCAACUUGUGUAGACCACAUGCUACUUGGUAGGAAAUAUAUUUGGCAAGCCUUUCCAAUCACUUCUAGAAAUAUCUGGGAAGUGCAUAAUUGGUCAUUUUUUUGCUUGUAUCCAGCGGCUGAAAAUGUUCUUUUUAUUAUCUUUUGAGCCCUUGGAUUAGAGUUUCUAUACAUGACAGGUACAGUUUAUCCCAUUUUAAAUUUUUGUGAUCACGUUCUUUGAUGACGUAUGAGGCACAAAUUCUAUAGUAUCGAAAUAAAUCGUAUUAGAUAUGUUGGUCAACCUCCUCAUAUAGCGUUCUAAGUAUUUAUCAUCAUCAAUAUGUCGAUAAGCUUGUCUUUCUUGAUUUUUUCUGUGAAUACAUGCUUUACAUUCUUCACGUGUGGAUGACGUUGGCAUUCCAAAAAUAACCCUAAUAUAUUAUAAAUGUUAAAUCGACCCCCAUUGAUGGGAGAUAACCUGUAAUGGUUCAAGCUGUCCAGUCUUUUUCCAUACUUUCUUGAUAGUACCAUCAUUUCUCGCUUGCAUCUUAAUGUCAUAUGAUCUUGAAGGUUCAUUGGUUUUAUUCACUCUGUAAGUGGCAAACUACCAUUUUUUUUGUCAUAAAGCUAAUUGUCUAAUGCAGGAAGAAAGCUGUAACCACAGCCAAUUCCCAUUUGUUUAAGUGUAUAGUUUCGAUGAUGAUAAAUCCAUCCAUCAUGCGCAAGAAUCUUGGUUGAUUCCAUUUUUUAUAGUUGAACAUUUUGUAUGGAAGGAAAAUCCAUUUAUCAUUACAUGGCGAUCUACCUUCCAGAAAGCCUAAUUCACAAAAAUGUAAAAUAUGUCAAAGCUGAUGGAUUAAUGGCAUCUGUAGAUUCAUUUGAUUUCAAAUAGUUUUUUUAGUCUUGCUCUUGAUUUUAUGUCUUUCCUAUCUUGAUUAUUUCACCUUGAUCUUUUGAAACAUUGCUCGUCAAGUCUCUGUUUUCACUAUAAAUUGUUUUUGUUAUACUGAAAGCUUUUUUCCGUACAUGUUAUACAAUGCUCCUGCAGUCGUGCGGUUGGAUAUCGUUUUGGACCACACCUUAGUGAUGCAGUUCCCUUGCUCAUCAAUUACUGCUCCAGUGCAUCAGAAUCUGAUGAAGAGCUGAGGGAGUAUAGUUUACAGGUUCUCAUGUUCUGUCAGUUUUUAUUUCAUUUUUCUUCAAAUAUAUCGUUUUCAUGCAGUAAUUGUUUUGCAAUUGGUUUUUUUUGCAGGCACUAGAUAGUUUUUUGCUUAGAUGCCCCAGGGAUAUAUCCACAUAUUGCGAUGAUAUUUUGCAUCUUACCCUGGACUAUCUGAGUUAUGAUCCGAACUUCACUGAUAAUAUGGAGGAGGAUACUGAUAACGACUUUCAAGAGGAGGAAGAUGAUGAGUACGUUUCACGAUUGAGUUGAUGGGAGAAUGUAUGUAUGUUGACUGUUAAUCAUUCCACUAAAUUUUAUGGGGUACUUUUUCCUUUGAAAUCUCUGCAGUGAGAGUGCAAACGAGUACACUGAUGAUGAGGAUAUCAGCUGGAAAGUUAGAAGAGCUGCUUCAAAGUGCUUAUCUGCAAUCAUCGUCUCUCGUCCAGAGAUGUUGUCAAAGAUUUACUUGGAGGCACGUUUGUAAUGACCCAAUUCUUCAUUUUGAAGAAGCUCGAGUGCUCAUUUUUUUUGCCGAUUCAUUGUAAUAUUUUGAUCAUUGUUUAUACUUGGGACUCUGAUUAUCUACAUGAUAAUUGUAGCUGGUUUACCGUAUUUAUCAUUGCCAUUCCAAUCUAGACCUUGAAAAUUUUGACGCCAAUUUGGUGACUAUACUCACAUCUGUUGAGUAUAUUCACAUCUGUUUUAACUUCCAUGGAUUCUUGUAUGAUAACAUAAAUUCUACAUUCAGGAAUUUUAGGAUUUUCUGGGACUUUUAUUGUGUUUCGUUUUUGUACAUAUGAAUAUUUUUUGGUCUAUAAUAAAGAGUUAAGCAAAAUUUUCAGUCUUAUUUAAUCAGAAAACUGACCAUCUAGAGUUUAUUUUGUUCUUCCUUAUCAUCCUAACAACACUUUUACAUGUCCAAAAUUUAAGAUUGUUUUUCCAGCUCCAAAAUGUUUGAACAUUAUUUUAUUCUCCAAAAAACUCCGAAGAUGUUUCAAAAGGGUGAAAUUUUGUUUUUCUGCAGGCCUGCCCCCGGUUGAUUGACAGAUUUAGAGAAAGGGAAGAGAAUGUAAAGGUAAAUGUCGGACACUUACUGACUAUUGUCAAUGACAGAAUGUGAGUUAUUAACAUCUCAUCCAUGGAUCAUUCCUCACCAUUUUGUUGAAAUCCAAUUGAUACCUUUGCUGCAGAUUGAUGUCUUCAAUACCUUCAUUGAACUGUUACGCCAGACCGCUAAUGUGACGAAGGGUCAAAUGGACAUUGAUGACUCGAGGCAAGUGGCCAUCGCCAUGUGAUUCGUCAAUAAUACUCAUUGUUGCUACAUAUGGGGUGAUUAUCUACAAUGCAUGUCCUGACUAGUUAGACUACCAUGUCUUUGUUUUCUAGCCGGUGACUGAACGGCCAAAAUUUAUUCAAAGUUCGCCAAAACAAUUGUAUUAUUUGCAAUAUCACUUCAGAUUCUAUGCAUGAAGCAUUAUAUUAAAAUUCUAUAAUAAAUGUAGACUCUGUCGAAAAAGAAUGAUGAAACUAAAAAUGAUUUUUGUUGACACGAAAGUUGUGUGCAGCUUCUUGUAAACUGUCUUGUAGAGUCAUUCCUUAUUAUUGUCAGAUCCUUUAAGUGACAGGAUAACUGAUUGGAAAGGUCACUUUAUUCAUAUUCAGUUUUAUUUUUUUUAGAGUACACGGGCAUUUAUGUUUUGAAUAUUCAUGCAGUGAUUCCUUCUUUAUCACGGAAAUGAGGAUCUAUAGAUUCAGGAUUUUUAUAUGAUUUUCAUAGUGUCAAAAUUAAGUUUUAUACAGAAUAGGGAAGGUAAAAAUUUACCAUUCAGCAGAUGUUUUUUUGGGUCAGCCUAUCAUCAAACCACAAUACAGCCUAAGAUCCCAAUUGCCUUACAGUGUUCUCUCUACGAGGUAGAAUAUACAUUUCUCAUCGUUCAUUAAUCCACAAGUAAAUUAGUUACCGUGGAUUUUUAUGUUUUCUUGUGAAGUCUACUUUAAAUAUUCUUUUGGCAGGUGCUAAAGGAGAUGCAUAAUUUGUUUUUCUAUAAAAAUGCUUAUAAAAUCACCAUGAUGUCAUUACCCUGCCAAUGGUUGCACACUUCAACUUGAUUCUGUUCUGGUUUUCUGUGAAAGAAGCUUACUGUGCUACAUAGUCGUUAACUGUUGUUUCCCGCUGAUUGUAGUCCAAGAUGGUUGUUGAAACAAGAAGUACCAAAAAUUAUUAAAUCCUUGAAUAGACAGUUGCGUGAAAAGUCAAUCAAGACGAAGGUAUGAAUUAGCAUUGUAGUUUUCUUAGUUAUUACUACUGGUCCAUUGUGUUAUUUUCUCACUUAUGUCUCUUGCCUCCUUUCAGAUAGGCGCAUUUUCUGUUUUAAAGGAACUCGUGGUUGUCUUGCCAGACUGCCUUGCUGAGCAUAUUGGGUCACUUGUUUCUGGAAUUGAGAAGGCGUUAAAUGUAAAUAAAUGGCCUUUAAUCAUCUGAUAUUGAUGUUACCAAUUCUGCCUGUUUAUUUUGUUCUUUUGUGGUUCUCUUCUUUUAUAUUCUUUUGUUCUUGUCAGGACAAAUCCUCCACCUCGAAUUUGAAGAUUGAGGCUUUGGUUUUCACCAGAUUAGUUAUGGCGUCACAUUCACCUUCUGUUUUUCACCCAUUUAUCCGGGUAAAUUUGAAUUCUCUCUUUUCUCUUAUGAUUCCUUGGUGGGGGAAGUUUAUUUUUGUCCCUUGGUUUAUAGAUGUCCUACAUCUAGUGUUACAACUGGACUGCAAUAUGAUUUUUUUUUUUUUGGAUUUUUAGGGGUCAUAACGUGUUAUUCUAGUUGAAGGUUUUGUGGCUUUAUUAUUACUUUAGGAACUAAUAAUUAGCUGAAUGGAAUGCUUUCAUGUUUUGAAAACAUGAAAUCUUUUUGUGGAUGAUGAUUUGCCAUCUGUGUCAUCCUUCAUGUAUGCUGAUGGUCUGACGCCUAGCUCAUUGGAACUUUUGUUAUCAGAAGUGUUUCUCUUUUAUUUUUAUAUUAUUGAAUUCUCUAGACAUCUCCUUCUCUAGCUGGAGGCCCCACCCUAGUGGACGAGUGCAAAUUAGUUUCGCACUUCUCCCAUCACCUGUUGUGGGGUUAGGGAUCGUUUUAAUUUGGCUUAUGUGAUGAAACGCACUAAAUUGUAAAAAGCAAAUGAAUCUGUUGUUUUCAUAACUUGUGUUUCCCAUUAGAUGCGAAGUGCAAUCGUUCAGAAAUGGAGGAAUUGACCCAUCCUGUCGGUGUUAAAUUUGGUGGAAGUUGGCAGCGUAGUAAAACCAGACAAAAGCAGAGGAACGGCAUCUGUACAUAAUCAACCAUUUUUUUACACUACCGAAUGAGAUGAGCUUGUGAUCAUUCAUGUUUACAUUAGUUUUUAGAAACCUUAAUAGUUACCAUUUUUCUUGUCUUUGAGUGAUGCUAACUUAUCUUGAAUGUGGAAACCACCUCCUUUUUUCUCUUAUGUACUUUAACCUCAUUGACCUUGCAAAAAAAACGUUCUUUUCUAAAAUCACUUUCACUCUUUGCAAUGGAAGCAAGAAACGAAAAUUCCAGUUGCUGAAUGAUUUAUUUUUUGCCUCUAUCAUUGUAACAGCCUCUGUCUGGUCCAGUGCUCUCUGCAGUUGCCGACCGAUACUAUAAAGUCACUGCUGAGGCUUUGAGAGUCUGUGGAGAGCUUGUGCGCAUUGUUCGUCCAAAUUUAGAGGUACUGAUGGUUGCAGAAGGUUCUUUGACUUGGUUAAGUUUAACUAAUGCUAUAUAACAAAUCUACCCAAUGCAGUCGUCACCACUGAACUUUACGCCCUAUGUCCACCCAAUCUAUGAUGCGAUUUUGGCACGAUUGGCAAACCAGGACCAAGAUCAGGUUGGUUGUUGUCCAGAUACAAAAAAAUUAAAUUCUUUUUAUUUAAUCUUAUUGAAGCUUUCCUUUCUUUUUAUAGGAGGUCAAGGAAUGCGCGAUUUCUUGUAUGGGCCUUGCCAUUUCAACUUUUGGUGAUAACCUGCAGAGGGAAUUACCAUCAUGUCUGCCUGUCCUUGUUGAUCGAAUGGGGAAUGAGAUUACCCGCCUAACUGCUGUCAAGGUUACCUGAGAAUGUUUUCUAAAAUUUCAUUUUGUGAUUUUAUUGAAUCUACAAGUGUUGUUUUCAUAUUUUUGAAAUUUAACUCUAUAUUUGCUUUGUCAUUGACCUAAAUGAUCCAACGUCAAAAUUUCUUGAGGAAUAUUACUUAUCAUUUAAUUGGACUGGUUGAUCUGGUUUGCCCAAUUUUGGUUGUGCUAAGGACUUUUAUUACUUGUUCAUCAGCGCCAACAAAAUAUGCUUACAGAAAUCCUCAACUUCACUUUGUUUGAACUGUCACUACUUCAUCUGGAUCACUUUGUUUGUUCACUUUGGUUGCCCGGCACUUUGUUGUGGUACAAAACAGUUGGAUUAAAAUAAAUAGAACUAUUGAACUUUGAAGGACCGAUGAUGACACAAGCGUAUGGGGAGAUGACAAUUCCCUUGUAACACAUAUAAUAGUUUACCCAUUUUUCUCAUUCCAUUGUUGGUCUAGGUUUUUUAGCCCUCUAAGAUUAAUGUUUGUUGAACAUCUGUUGCCUAUUCUGAUGAUGUUCAAUUUUUUUUGGGUGUUUUUUUUUUCUUUUAGAAGUGGUUCUUCCUUCUAAUGGUGGUGCCACACGGUUUUUUAAUAUUCUCUUGAAUUUUUUUCUGUUUCUCUGGAUGAAUCUUAAAACACAUUUUUUAUUAUCCUCCCGCAAUGUCAAAAUGAAAGAAAGAAAGAGCAUCUCUUCAUUUUGAACCUACAAGAACAUAUCAUUCCGAGAUUAAAAAAGAUGAAAAAUGAAAGAAAGAGCAUCUCUUCAUUAGAACCUCUUGUUUCAACACAAUGGUAGGUUCUCAUGAAGGUGCCUCUCCAUGCUUCAAUUUUUUGAACCAGAUUUUUUGGCACAAUUUUUAUUAUUUCCUCUUCCUCUUUUCUAGAUAAAACUAAGUAUCUAGGUUGGAUGCUAGCAUAUUACACUAUACAAUAAUGUCUUUUCGACUUUAUAUCUUACUAUUUUUGAAGUUAUUUUUCGUUUUCAUGGAACUAGUAUUCCAAUUGUAUGGCUUAGAUAUUUAAUUUUAAAAGUAUAAUAAGACCAAUUUUUUGGAUAAAGUUCUUUGAUUCUUUUUCUCCUUGAAAACUAAUCAUUUUGGUUAGGAUCUAACAGUAUUUUUCGCUCACAUAUUUUCCUGAUCGUAAUAAUCCAGUUGGCUAGAGAUUUGUUUGGUAAUGUUAAAACGUAACAUCAGAAUUUAUAUAAAUUGUCCUGUUUGAGGUGAAUCAAAUGCAGUUUCUUCAUUCUUACCUCCCAACUACUGCUCUUUUUUUGGUUCGUCCGUGACAAUUAUAUUAGUCCUUUUUGACCAGGCUUUUGCAGUAAUAUCUGGUUCACCUCUUCGAAUAGAUCUUUCAAGUGUCAUGGAGCAAGUUGUUGCAGAGUUGACGACAUUCCUACGGAAGGUAGAAUGUUAGAUAUAAAACUGUCAUCUUUAAUUUUGUUGUUUGAAUGACUAUAUAACAUUAAAAUUUCCUUGAUCCUUUCAAGAACAGGCUAAUCGUUCAUUGAGGCAAGCUACACUGGAGACUUUGAAUUCUCUAGUUGUGGCAUAUGGUGCAGAAAUUGGUCCAUCUGCUUAUGAAGUUAUAGUUGCUGAAUUGUCAGCUCUGAUAAGGUUUCGUCUCUCAACCAGUGAUUUGUUUUUAUUUGUUUUGAACGUCAGCUGAUGUUUCUAUUUUGAUCUUGCAGUGAUUCAGACUUGCACAUGGCUGCCCUUGCACUGGAGCUUUGCUGCACUUUGAUGACUGACAGAAAGUCGCAUAAAAAUAUUGGUUCGAUUGUUAGAACUAAAGUUCUUCCUCAAGCACUAGCACUAGUCAGAAGCUCCUUGCUACAGGGCCAAGCUCUCCAGGUAAGGUUUUUUUUUUUGAAGGUUUAUGGAAAUUCUGUGUGGUUUCCAGCAGUCUGAAACUAUUUCUUCUUUGUUUGACAGUCUUUGCAAAGAUUUUUUGCGUCCUUGGUUCAUUCAGCAAACACUAGUUUUGAUUCCUUGUUGGAUGCUCUUCUGUCAAGUGCAAAACCUUCACCCCAGUCUGGAGGUCUUGCAAAGCAGGCUCUGUUUUCUGUGGCUCAAUGUGUUGCUGUACUUUGCCUUGCGGCUGGUGAUCAGAAAUGUUCAUCUACGGUUGAAAUGCUCAAAAGCAUUCUUGGAGAUGACAGUAGUAGUAAUUCUGUAAGCUUUCAUUUUGGUCAUGCUUAUGUUUUCCUUACUUUCCUGAAAUUAAGUUUCCCUUGUUUGGUGAAACUAUAUUAUCCUCAUGUUUUAGAGCUUUUCUUUUCGAAAUAUCCAAUCAUGACUUCUUUACAGGCACACUAUUCAUUUCCACCUCCUACAGUUUUCCGGUUUUUUUCUUCUAUCUCGAUUUUUUUUUUUCCGUUUGAAGUAUUCGAUAUUCUAAUUCUUAGGUUCCGCAAAUCGUGGGCUGUAUGCGGGGAAUUAUUUGACGAAAUGGAAUAAAUAUAUAAUAGUUAUGCAAAUAUGAUGGUUGUUUAAUGUUAUGGAAUUAACAUUGAAGGCUGAAUAAGCCUUGCUACUUUCAAGUCAUUUCAAAGAUCCUCAUCUUUUGAAAGAUCCUUCGAAUGCAUGUCCAUAUUGAUCAUUGUGCUAGGAUGAUGCGUUGACGUCUCAUCUACCUGGCUGAUCCCUUCCGUCAUGCAUCCCAUUUCUCUCAUGCUUUUUUUAUGACUCUUGUUGAUGUAAAAUGAAAUGGUUUUCAUGACUUCUGCAUGCAUUUAAGGAAACCUAACCCUGUAAAUGUGAAUACCCUUUAUUGUUAUCCAUAGAAGGAGAAAGAAAGAGGAAGAGCAGAAGCCUGUUUGUUAAAUUUCUUCUGUUUACAGUGCAAGGAUGUGAGGGUUGAAUGAAUUCAGAGAGGGGUUUCUUUGCAGGACUAUAAAAAAGGAAAAGAUUGAGGUUGGGGGUGUGGGUAAAGAAGGGAGUGAAAACAAGGAAAAAAAUAGUAUAUGUCAAAACCAUCCAGCUGAUUCCUAUCGUUAUACUACUUGAUUGAUAGAGUAGAUGUAGUACAGGUGGGUUUUAAAAGUGCCAUUACUCCCGCUGUCCAUCGAAAGUUGUAUUGCCUCAGAGGAAAGUCUCCUUCCCAAUAUCUCAGUUUUAUCUCAUCAUCACUGCAAAUCGUUUAUGUAUUUGUGAGAAAGGACUCUGGGCAAAGGUAAUUUGAUUGCCACUUUGUUUCAUCUAUCCUCUGCUGUGUGAGACACAUUCUCCUCCAAAUCAGAGCCUCUAUUAUUGAUCGAGGUGCCUGCUCCAGGGGGCAUGUAAUAUCUAAGAAUCUGUUUUCCCACAUGCCUGAGGACUGAGUCUUCCAGUAUCUUCUGAGCCAUCAGCAGUCUUCCAGUAUCUUCUGAGUCAUUAGUGCAAUUUCUGUCAACCAUACAUGCAGGCCCAACCAUGCUACCAUUUUAUAUCUUAUGUGAUGGCAACUGACUUGUCAUUGACUUGUCCGUGAUCACAACAUUCUGAGAGAUGUACGAAUAACUACUCGUCGGGUUCAAAGGAUUUCUUGCUUCACUAUUCUCUCCCACAUUUGCUUUUGGAUGGCCAUAAGCAAAACCUUUUAGCAUGCAAGACUUGAUGAACAACAGACCACAUACUCAACUGAUUUAGGAGCUUGAGUGGAGGCCGAUUUCAGCUGGAUGAUCUCAGUGUUUUUCCGGUUUGUGCCAUCUUUUCAGAUCAUGAGUUGCGUUAGAACUACUAUGCCCGAAUUGCGUAUUGUUCCUGAUGUCAGAAAAGGAUUUCCACCAUCAGUAACAUGUCUAGGCGUCCUAAGUGAGGCAGCAUCGAUCUGUCAACAUGUUCACUAAGCAUUAAUCACGGUAUCCCGGUUCAAGAUCCUGAUGUUCAACUCAUCAGCUACUCAAGUCCCACCUUCAUUCUUUAUGCUUAGUGGUCCCCAGCUCGUCUUACCAGCCAAGCGGAUCCCAGGUACCAGAUAUAUAUAGCCCCCCACCUUUAUGGAGCUACAAGCUCCUAUGAAUAUUUUCUAGAUCUGUAAUUAGUCUUUAUCUUGGGCCUUCUCAUUGAUCGGGUACACUAACUCCUACGUCGUUGUGCCUACCCAAAGUCUCAAUGCCCUAAUUGAGAAUGGUUUCCGCUCACACUAAUUUUCCUCUGUCAUCCACACAUUUCCUCUUUUCAGCGAUUUUACUGCUGUGGAUUGUCCAAUGCUAUCCGGGUUGUAUACAUACCUGUCCCACUGCAUUUAUUUUUCUUUUGAGAAGCGAGGAUCUCCUUUUGUUGGUUUCACAUUGAAAUGUCCGUCGCAUUCGAAGUUCAACACAUUAUGAGGGAUUUUUACUACUUUAUCUGCCAUUUUAAAUUAUCAGUCCUCAUUUUUGCCUUCUCUUUUCAAUUUUCUAGGCUAAACAGCACCUCGCGUUGCUUUGUCUUGGAGAAAUUGGAAGAAGGAAGGACCUCAGUGCUCAUGCUCACAUUGAGAACAUUGUGAUCGAGUCAUUCCAAUCCCCUUUUGAAGAGAUAAAAUCAGCGGCCUCUUAUGCGCUUGGGAAUAUUGCUGUUGGGAAUUUGUCCAAGUACCUUCCAUUCAUCUUGGAUCAGAUUGAUAACCAACAGAAAAAGCAGUAUCUUUUGCUUCAUUCGUUGAAGGAGGUUUUGCGAUCCUCACUUUUUUUUUUCCCUCUGAGAUUCUAUUUGGAAUGCGUUGGGUUAUUAUCAUAUCAUUGUACGCACCUGUUUCCAGGUUAUUGCUCGGCAAUCCAUGGACAAAGCUGGUCAGGCAGAGUUUCAGGAGAGCAAUGUUGAGAAAAUACUAAAUUUGCUUUUUAAUCACUGCCAAAGUGAGGAAGAAGGGGUUCGCAAUGUUGUUGCAGAGUGUCUGGGUAAAAUUGCACUUAUUGACCCACAAAAGCUUGUUCCCACUCUGAAGGCACGCUUUGUUUUUUGUUGAGUUUAUGAUAUUUGGCCUGUUAUGUUACAUCUAUAGCUCGUGUAAUUUACCACUCGAUUUUUUAUAUUUUUCCCAGGUCAGAACUGCGAGUCCCACUGCUUUCACCAGAGCCACAGUUGUUAUUGCUGUGAAGUAUUCGAUUGUUGAGCGUCCAGAAAGAAUAGAUGAUAUUUUAUUCCAUGAGAUCUCUUCUUUCUUGAUGUUGAUUAAGGAUGAUGAUCGGGUGAGUCACAUGUUUCUGUGCCUGUUCUAAAAAAAAGAUGUUUCUCAAGAAUUAUGUCGUAAUCAUUCUCUAUUUCUUAUUGUUCCACAGCAUGUUCGACGUGCAGCUGUCCUGGCUCUUAGCACAGCAGCUCAUAACAAGCCCAAUCUCAUUAAGGGUCUUCUUGCUGAGUUAUUGCCACUCUUAUAUGACCAGACCGUUGUUAAGGUCCAUUUCCUCUCUUUUUCUUAUCAAGACUUUAUGUUCUCCCUCAACUGCUACCUUUAAGAUAUUUGUAGCUGUGCUAUAUAAUUUAUUGAUGAACUGGUUUCUUAGUAGUUUUUGCAAUCCUGUGUCAGAGUGGUUUCUUCUCGCAGAGUUUCUUUUAGAAGUGUUAUCCGUAUGCCUUGUUAUGGGUCUAUGUAUCAUAAGAGCUGGAGAAAUGUAGCAAAAUGUUUCUUUGAAUUGAACAUGGGCUUUAUACGAGUCAGUUCUUGGUUGUUUUAUUUUCGAUGGUACCUUUUUUUUUUUUUGUUGAUGAAAUAAUUUGUGGCUGCUGCAGUGAGAGUCCUUGGUGCAAUCCCUUUUGUUUUUUUUGGUUUGCAGAAAGAAUUGAUAAGAACAGUCGAUCUUGGUCCUUUCAAGCACGUUGUUGACGAUGGCCUUGAGCUUAGAAAAGCUGCGUUUGAAUGUGUGGACACAUUGCUGGACAGCUGUCUUGAUCAAAUGAAUCCUUCUUCUUUCAUUGUUCCUCACCUAAUAUCAGGCCUAGGCGGUGAGUUUUCAUGGCAUCUUUGUAUUCAUUUGCACACAAGAUGAACUAUCACUGAUCUUCGUAUGGAUUGGCAUACUUGGAAGAGAUCCCUGCGCCUGCCUUGAUCUUUGAGCUGGAUUAUUUGUCUAAUCAUCCUCUCUCCCAUUGUAGAUCACUAUGACGUGAAGAUGCCUUGCCAUCUCAUUCUUUCUAAGCUGGCGGAUAAGUGCCCUUCUGCUGUUCUUGCUGGUUUGUACACUGCUCUGGUGAAUGAUUCUGGAUGCCACUUGCUGCCACAAGAUGCCCCUUAUGAACUGCCAUCUAAUUCCAUGUUGCAGUGUUGGAUACGCUGUCCGAUCCCCUUGAGAAGACAAUCAAUCAUAAGCCUAAGCAAGAUGCUGUGAAACAGGAAGUAGAUCGCAACGAAGACAUGAUUCGUAGUGCUCUUCGAGCCAUCUCUUCUUUGAAUCGUAUAAGGUAUUAUCAUUUAUCCCUUCCCCCCACAUCUCUUUCAUUUUUGCAUGAUCUGACUGACAUUUUGGACUAUGCUUUUCAGUACCCCAUUGACUUUCUGACAAGUUCUUUUGGCUCUGCUCUCUGUUCAUUCGUGAACUGAACGAGCUCCUCCUUAACCCCCUUUAAAUCCGAAUAUAGAAACCUUCCCCGUCACUUCGUUUCUUGUUUUCUUUGUUCUAGUUGUCUCGCUCAGGAGCCAGUGUUCCCAUGAACGUGGUGGUCAGACUGGCUGGCGGCAUUAAUUUUUCUUGAGUCUCCUUUGAAAAUAGAAUAUGCAUAGAGAAAUGCUGCCAACCAAUCUAAUCUCGAUGGAAACAGUUUAGGAGUAUUCAGCCAACUAAUCAGGCCAAGAUGUAAGGCUUUUAUGUUCUAAUGCCCUACCCUGUGUUGUGUCCGGCCGGUCAGGGGCUCUUUCUGUUUAGAGAUGAAUUGCUUAUUUACUUCUGAACAACCUAUGCUCACUGAAAAUAAUUUCGUACAUUUUUAAUUGGUUUCGAACAGUGGUGCCUAGUACCCAGCUGAUCAUAGAUACGAGGCAUGCUGUCGUGAAUUGUCGUCUUGGUUCUUAAAUCCGGGGUGGCAUAAAUUUGCCGCUCCAAAUGGUGGAUGUUUCGAUCACUUUUGUGUGAUUUAUUUCCGAGAUAGUUGCUAAGAACAUCAUCAGAUGAACAUAUCAAGCGGGUAAUGAGUUGCCCUAUGUUUAUAUGUGAUUCGCCAUUUACAGCUUCUUCUUAGUUCUGAACUAGCCAGGGACGACUACUCGAGAUUUUAUAGCAUUUUUACUCUUUAAUAGCGGGUUAUUUCAUUAUAAUCGCUCGCAUUUGUUUAUGUUAUUUCUGCGUCCUCAGCAUUCCUAAAACCCUAAAGGCCCUGGUUCAGAGCGUCUCGGUCGAAUUCUUUCUCGCCCACCAUAUUUACCCGUCCUAUGUUGCAGCGGAGGUGACUGCAACUUGAAGUUCAAGUCGCUGAUGCAGAGGAUCAUGAGCCACCCGCCCCUAGCCGAGAAGUACAAUGCAGUCCGCAGCGAAUGA